GCACAACCAGGCUCACUCUCCGCCAAACCCUCGGGCUCCCACGUCCUAUCAGUCAGGAGGGUUUUCGGCCACCCCUGGGCCAUCCCAGUUCAGAGUACCACCGCACUCCCAUUCUCCCACUGCCCGCGAGCGGUCCGAACCCAGCCCGCAGCUGCCGCCCUCCAGUUCCCAUUUCCAUCAGAGGGUCAUCUUGUAAGCUGCUACCGCCACGCGUCCUGAGACGACUCAGUCACCCGGUAAGAUCCUUGCGCCUGAAGAAACUAGAAUACUCUCGGUGAGAUCGCAUCCCUCGGAACGAGAACGACAACAGUAUGGCUGCUCCUCCUCCUCCACCUCCACCACCGGAAAAUUUUCGUUCCAAGGUCUCGCCUUUUGUACAGAAGCUACGAACCACACCGCUGGACUGGUAUUAUAAGGCGCCUAAAUCGCCACCACCAGUUGAUUUCCUAGCUCCGCCAACAGGUCCAUACUUCUUUUAUGGCACUCUGACUGAUCCGUGCAUGAUUGCGGAAAUCCUCGGGUUAGAUCAUGAACCUGAACUGCGACCGGCUUAUAUCGUUGGAUACGAAUGCAAAUUAUGGGGCCAGUAUCCGGCUCUCCUCGAUGCCUCAGACUCGAUCGUCAAAGGGGCUGCUUAUCAUGUCUCAACAGUUGAAGACGGAGAGAAACUAGCAGCUUAUGAAACGAGAAAUUACCGUACAGAACGUUGCUGGAUCAAUUAUAUGGAUGAAGAGGAACCAUCAAGGGAAAUAGGCUCUACAUUCAAGUUUGUUGGAGACCCUAGUGACCUUAGUGAAGGUCAGUUUGACUUGAAGGUCUGGUUGAAACAUAUGGGAAGGACAGCCGCACUCGAGAAGCUCGAGGCUAAAGUCAGAAUUGAUGUGCCAAAAACAGGGAAUGUCAUCUAGGGACCAGAUGUGCGUGAAAUUCAUGCAGUCUUAACUCUUUGGUGUGAUAAGC